AUGUCACCAACUUCUCCCAAGUCCUCUCUCAAGUCUCAACGCACACAUACACGCUUCAAUUUUCUCUUACUCGGUUUACGCGGUGUUCACACCGUUUGUAUUUAUACUACGUCGGCACUAACCAACAUUCUCUCAUUGCUCAUCGUUGUUGUUCCCUUUCUCUUCAACAUGGCUACUUCAACUACAACAACUUCAGCACCGCCACGAAUCAUACCCGAACGAGGUUAUGUUCUUAAAAGGAUUCUUAAAAUGGUGAUGUCGUUUCUCUUGUGUUCUGGUUCAGCCGCACCUACCUCUACUGAUUCACAUAAUCUACAAAAGAAGAAGAAUGCAUUCCUCUAA